AUGACCUCACCACCUCCACCCUUGGCUUCGGCCGAACAUUCUUCCGAAGUCGGAGACGCAGUGAGAACCGAGGAGGCAGCCCAAGCUCUGAGAACACUCCAAACCGAACCGAGGGAGCAAACUGAAUAUCUCCCUCCAACCGUCUCAUCUGCUGGGGACACUCCGCUCUCCUCGCUGCCUCCUUCACCUCCUCAGCUCUCCGUGGCCUAUGGCUCCCCAUACCUCUCAGGCAACGCGAUUCCGCCCCUUCGCUCCCAAGAGCUACCUUCACGCCCCUCCAAACGGACUGCUUCCUCGGCCGAGCUUCGUCCUCCAAAGAGUCGUCGCAACAGCCAGGGCUCACGCGAGCCCUCCAAUAUCCCGACCUCCUUGGCUGGGGCUCAGUUCACGCCCGCUUCUCACCAUCAUGCUCCGAACCGUAUCUCCAGUGGAGCUCGAGCUCCUACAUCCGUUGGACCAAAGUCGCUGACCCAAAACCGUGAGUCUCAGGCAGGAAAGCGUCGAAACGGUCGCUCUCGCAAAGAACCUCUGCAUCUGGCCGAUCCUCAAUCAUCCACCGGUGCACACGUUGAUGACGAUGGAGACGUUCCCAUGUCCAUGUUGUAUCCGCACCCUCGCACAAUAGCCUCCGUGGAUCUCCCGUUCCUCAACACAUUCAAGGUCCCGGGUCCCCAUGAACUUCGCUUCGCAGCGCCCUCGUCUUCCUCUGGCUACCGUGAACAGGCAGGUGCCUCAUUCUCCAACAGCCCUAGCUCGAUCGCCCCAAGUCCUCAUUUGCCGACCCGCGACUUUCCUGGCUCUCCCUUCUUUACCGCACCUCGCUCGGCCUUCCCACGUCCUUGUCUCUCGCCGUCUCGUUCUUUCGCCGCUUUCACGCUAGGGUCUCCUUCCAAGCCUUUGACACCAUCGAGCUCCUUCGACCUGCCAUACGGAUCACCUGGCGUUCGACUCCUGCCGCCAUCCUAUGACAUCCUGCCCAGGCCGAACUUGCCACCAUUGCAACAAGCUCCAGUCCAAGCUUCAGUGGAGGCGGACGGCUACACAGUCAUCCCAAACGCAAUUUCCCUUGCUCUAAUCCGGGAAGUAGUUGGAAUAAUUGAUCGGGGCCUUCCGGUGAAUGCGGAAUCGGAGACGGCACGGUCAUAUGUGUUGCCGGUUCAAGCGUACUUGGUGCGAGAUGAGUUUGUCUCGAACUGGCGCCAGACCCUCCGCCCUUUCUACGAUCCAAUGGGCAAAGCCAUUCCUAAGAUGCCGGCUACAUUUAUCGUUGGCGCAUUCAAGGAAAGCGAUCCCACGCACCUCAGACAGUCGCUCCUUCAUGCUGGCAAUAAGGACCAGAUCUAUGUCCACAUAGCUUUGACCAAGUUGUCCCCAGAGACUGGCUUCUACAACAUCCUGAGGGGGUCACACCGGACAAAACAUCCAUCACUUACACGGGUCAAUGAUUGGAGCCACACUCCUAUCACUCUCGAAGAGGGGGAUGCUAUCAUCUGGCGUGGGGAUGUGUCCUACCUCCUGUCGCCUAAUGGCGGAGGGAGAUGGCAGUGCCUGAGUUUUGACUGGGGUCCUGGCAUGGUUGAUCUGACGAACGAGUGA